AUAAUGGUAGAAAAAACAGAAAUGUCAAAAUUUGUUGGAAUAUCGGAUAUAACGGAAAACAAGAAAAUAUGGCGUGUACUAUUUGGCGAAAUGAUUGGAACAUUCCUACUGAUAGUGAUUGGUGUGGGAAGCUGUGUCGGCUUUGAAGAUUGGUCUCCGUCAGUACCACAAAUUGCUCUAACUUUUGGAUUGACUGUUGCAACUUUAGCACAGACAUUCGGACACAUUAGUGGAUGCCAUAUAAAUCCGGCUGUUACUAUGGGAUUUUUGGUUGUUGGGGAAAUGAGCUUGUUGAAAGGAUCUUUUUAUAUUGUCGUCCAAUGUAUUGGUGCAAUUGCUGGCUCGGCAGUCUUAACUAUUGCAAUUCCCCAAUCGGUGGCCGGUGUUGGAUUGGGUGUGUCGUCUGGCUCUCCUUCUCUUACAACUACCCAAUGUGUACUCAUAGAAGCAAUAAUAACUUCUAUAUUAGUAUUGGUCGUUAAGGCUGUAUCGGAUCCCAAACGUAAAGAUAUAAACGGAUCAGCUCCACUGGCAGUGGGAUUAUCUAUAGCAGCAGGCCAUUUAUGUGCGAUUAAAUUAACUGGAGCAAGCAUGAAUCCAGCCCGUUCAUUUGGACCAGCUGUUGUUCAUGGAUUAUGGGCAAAUCAUUGGGUGUACUGGGCAGGACCAAUGCUUGGUAGUUUGGUGGCCGCAUUUAUAUACAAAAUAUUCUUUCAAGUACGCAAAGGAGAUGAUGAAGAUAACUCAUAUGAUUUUUAAGUAUUAUAUAUUUUUAUUUAUAUUAAUUGU